AUUUGUUCUUCUUUCCCCGAGAUUAGCAGAGCUCACUCCUCUCUCUCUCCUCCAUGGAUCACAACGAAGACGAGGACCACCGGAACUUAAUCCCACAUCACUCCGUCACCACCGCGAACGGCAAUCGAAGUCCCCGAUCGACUUUCCAUAUCGAGGAGGCCUUAUCCCGAUCCGGAAACCACCGAAAACUCUCACUCAACAAACGUUACGCCAUCGCUGCCGUCUCUCUAACUCUCCUCCUCGCCUUCUUCCUCCUCUUAUUCUCUCUAAAUCCCUCAAACUUCAAACUCGAUCCAAUCUCGAUCCAAGCCAAGGAAUCAGAGCUCCGCGCUCUCUAUCUUCUAAAACAGCAACAGCUCGCUCUCGUCUCUCUCUUGAACCCUAACUCCUCGAAUUCAAUUGACAAUGUGAAAUCUGCGAUUUCACUUAGUAAAGAGAUCGAAGAGACGAUUCUAUCACCACACAGGACAGGAAACUCAUCAAUCUCUAAUCUUGGUUCUUCAGACAGUAUCAUUGAUUCUUCUUCUUUAUGUGGAAAAGUAGAUCAGAACUUGUCGGAGAGGAGAACAAUAGAGUGGAACCCUAAACAAGACAAGUUCCUCUUCGCGAUUUGUCUCUCAGGACAAAUGAGUAACCACUUGAUCUGCUUAGAGAAACACAUGUUCUUCGCCGCGUUGCUAAAUCGUGUCCUCGUGAUCCCGAGUCCUAAGUUUGAUUACCAGUACGAUAGAGUGAUUGAUAUAGAUAAGAUUAAUACUUGCUUGGGGAGAACUGUUGUUGUUUCUUUUGAUCAGUUCAAGGAGAAGAAGGGUGCGGCUCAUAUUGAUAGGUUUAUCUGUUACUUCUCGUCGCCGCAGCUUUGUUAUGUGGAUGAGGAGCAUGUUAAUAAGCUUAAGGGGUUAGGGGUUUCUAUUGGUGGGAAGCUUGAGGCUCCUUGGAGUGAGGAUAUAAAGAAGCCGAGUAAGAGAAGUUUUGGAGAGGUGGAGGAGAAGUUUAGGUGUGAGGAUGGUGUGAUUGCUAUUGGGGAUGUUUUUUAUGCUGAUUUGGAGAGGGAUUGGGUGAUGCAGCCUGGUGGACCUAUUAAGCAUAAAUGUAAGACGUUGAUUGAACCUAGUAGGCUUAUUUUGUUGACAGCGCAGCGGUUUAUCCAGACGUUCUUGGGAAAGAAUUUUGUGGCGAUUCAUCUCCGUAGACAUGGGUUCUUGAAGUUCUGCAAUGCAAAAUCGCCAAGUUGCUUUUAUCCGAUACCACAAGCUGCAGACUGCAUUAGUCGGAUAGUGGAAAGAGCCAAUGCUCCAGUAAUCUAUCUUUCAACCGAUGCUGCAGAAAGUGAAACUGGUCUGCUUCAGUCACUAGUAGUCGUUGAUGGGAAAGUAAUUCCACUUGUCAAACGUCCACCUCGCAACUCUGCAGAAAAGUGGGACUCGUUGUUGUAUAGACAUGGCAUAGAGGAUGACUCUCAGGUGGAUGCUAUGUUGGAUAAGACAAUAUGUGCAAUGUCAAGUGUCUUCAUUGGAGCAUCAGGUUCUACUUUUACAGAGGAUAUACUGCGGCUAAGGAAAGACUGGGGAACUUCAUCUAUGUGCGAUGAGUAUCUAUGUCGAGGUGAAGAACCAAACUUCAUAGCAGAAGAUGAAGUAAAAAAGUAAACACGUUCGUCAUCUUUUUUAUAUCUGUUCAAAUUCCAUUGUUCUUAUCUUCUUCUUACAUGUAUUAUAAUAGUGCCUUUUAUGGUAGAUUCUUUUGAUUAUUUUUCAACAAAGAUAUAUAGUUUCUUCCUUGAGAAUCACUGGUUCUGACAUCCCCUAUAUAUUAAUUGAGAAACAUUUGAAAAGAUGUAACCUCAAGUUUGUAUUAAUUAAAAAAUAACCU